UCUUCUUGUUAAACUUAAAAGGCUACAGCUCUGUUACGACCUUGCAAACAGUUCCAAGUAAUGUUUCACUACAGUCAGGGAAGGAGACUUAGAUCUUCAAAUUACCAACAAUUUUUUUGUGAGGGAGAAAACCAGCAAAAGAAAGAAAAAACAUGGGGAAAGACCAGUGUGAACAGGUUAAUGAAAGAAAUAAAAGUGAAAAUGGCAAGAUGGAGCUCAAAAGAACCAUAGGAUAUUUUGAAGGUGUUAGCUUUAUAGUGGGCACCAUUGUAGGUGCUGGGAUUUUUGUCUCCCCCACUGGCGUGCUGAAAUCUUCUUUGCUCAAUGUUGGCGUUGCGUUGAUCAUCUGGACAGCUUGUGGCAUUGUAUCUCUGAUGGGCUCUCUCUGCUAUGCAGAGCUAGGCACGGCUUUACCACUUUCAGGUGGAGAAUACAGUCACAUCAAGAGAGCCCUUGGCUCUCCGUUGGCUUUCAUCUUCAUGUGGACAGCAGUGUUUAACAAGCCUGCCUCAAAUGCUGCUCGAGCCUUGCUGUUUGCUGAAUACGCUACCAAGCCUUUCUAUGGUGAAUGCCUGGCUCCAGAUGUGCUGAAGAAAUGUUUGGCUUUGGCAGUCCUCUGGUUUCUCGGGAUCCUUAAUGGCCGAAGUGUCAAGAUGGCUGCUUGGGUGCAGACUGUUUUUACUGUCCUGAAGAUGAUGGCUCUCUCUGUAAUUGCAAUUGGUGGAAUUGUCCUGCUGAUAAGAGGAAGGAAAGAGAAUUUAGGAAGAUUUGAGAACGCUUUCAGCUCAGAGAUCCCUGACGCUGCACAGAUUGCAGAAGCAUUUUACCAAGGGCUGUAUGCAUAUGGCGGCUGGUGGGGUCUCAAUUAUUUGGCAGAAGAGAUUAAAAACCCCAGCAGAAACAUUCCUUGGACUGUGAUGACUGCACUUCCUUCAGUAACUGUGUUUUACUUGCUGGUAAACAUUUCAUACCUAACAGUUCUCACACCAAAGGAAGUUGUCUCCUCAGUUGCUGUAGCAGUCACUUGGGCUGACAGAGUGAUACCUUCAGUUGCUUGGAUAAUUCCUGUAUCUGUGGCUGUUUCAAUAUUUGGCGCCCUCAACAGCAGUGUAUUUACACUCGGACGACUAGCCUAUGCUGGAAGCCAGUCCGGACAUUUGCCCACCAUAGUAUCCAUGCUUAAUGUCCAGUAUUGGACUCCAGCACCAGCCAUGAUUUUCUCAACUGUUAUUGCAUCCAUUUUUAUUAUCCCAUCAGAUCUAAUUGCAUUAACCAAUUAUUUUGGCUUCUCCAUUUGGCUCAUGAUUGGAUUAACAUGCACUAGCCUGAUUGUCCUCCGGUACCGAGAGCCUAAUCUACACAGGCCAUAUAAGGUUUUCUUACCUGUCGCCUUUGGAAUGGUGGCAAUUUCACUGUUCUUAGUUUUAGCUCCUAUAGUCUGGUCUCCAAAGGUGCAGUAUGUAUAUGCUUCCCUUUUCAUGCUUGGGGGUCUUCUCUUAUAUCUGCCUUUUGUCCAUUUUAAAAUUCAUUUUGCGUUUCUUGACAAAAUCACUUGCUAUCUGCAGUUGUUGCUGGAGGUUUCACCACCUAAUUAUAAAUAUGAGUAA